AUGGCAAGUAGCAGCAUGUCGAAUGGAGUGAACAUUUCCCAACCAACAAUACCGAUUUUUAACGGUAGCAACUAUGAUGUUUGGAGUACGAAGAUGAAAAGUCCCUUCAUUUCCCAAGAUCUAUGGGAUUUGGUAGAGAAAGGCUACAACGAUGAAGGUGUAACGGCCGAUGCUUUGAAGGACAUGCGAAAGAAGGAUGCGAAAGCUCUCUUCUUCAUUCAACAAGGAGUGGAUGAUGCUGUUUUUUCUUCUCGAAUUUCUGCUGCAACAAAAGCAAAAGAAGCAUGGGAUGCUCUCAUGAAUGGGUAUCAAGGCACAACAAAGGUACUCACUGUCAAGCUACAAACACUUCGUAGAAAGUUUGAAAGCUUCAAAAUGAAGGAUGGGGAGAGUAUAGAUGAUUAUUCCAACAAUCUCAUGGGCAUAGUCAAUCAAAUGAGGAAGUACGGAGAAAAUAUUGUUGAUCAGAAGGUUGUUGAGAAAUUGUUGCGAAGUUUGACUCAGAAGUAUGAUUCUGCGGUGUCGGCGAUAGAGGAAUCCAGAGACUUAACAGUCUUGACAAUUGAUGAAUUACUGGGUUCCUUACAAUCCCAUGAAGAUAGAUACAAAAGCUAUGAGGAGAGCUCUUUGGAAAAGGCAUUUCAAAAUAAACUGAGAUUUUCAAAUGACCAUGAGGGUGGCAGUAGCAACACGAAUCGUGGAGGUUAUUCUUCUCGUGGAAAAAGAGGAGGUAGAGGAGCUAGAGGAGGUGGACACUCAGGUGACAAAAAUCAACAAUCUCAAGGCGAAGGUGAAACUCAAAACCGUAAGUUCAAGUGUUAUUAUUGUGACAAAAUUGGUCAUAUUGAAAGGUAUUGCCGUAUAAAAGAGAGAGAUGAAAAGCAAGCAAAUUUUGUUGAAGAAAAGGAUAAAGAUGAGCCUGAAUGUUUAUUUCUUGCUUGCUUUACUACUAAUGUUUGCUCUUCAGAUGUAUGGUAUAUGGAUAGUGGUUGUAGCAGUCAUAUGACAGCAAAUUUGGAGGCAUUUAUUACCUUGGAUAGGUCAGUCAGAACAAGUGUGAAGACGGUGAUGUACAAUCCGUGA